AUGACAGUCUGGAAAGAAAAGCCUAACAGUCUGCUGACCCACUACGCCCCUCAAGACAUCUUUAAUGCCGACGAGACUGGGAUCUUCUUCCGCAUGCUGCCUGAUAGGACGCUGGAAUUCAAGAAUGUCAACUGUCUUGGUGGUAAGAACAAAGAUCGCCUAACAGCCAUGGUUUGCGCCAAUAUGGACGGGACUGAAAAUCUGCCUCUUCUAAUUAUCGGGAAAUCUGCCAACCCCCGAUGCUUCAAGAACGUGCUGUCAUUUCCUGUGGAAUACCUGGCCAACAAGAAAGCCUGGAUGACCGGAGUCAUUGCAUUCCUAUGUAAAAAUCCAUUCCCCCAUUGUGGCCCAACCAUACCACCAGGAACUAUGAUUUGA